AUGAGCUCGCUAUUCUACUGGGCGACCAAAUCAGAACAGGAUAAUGCCUGGCAUCCCGUUCCCGGCCAAAAUCCUACCAAAUACGUCAGCAAUCUACCAACAUUGAUCAAGCGUCAAGACCUCGAAGCAGCGUGCGUCGACAUAGCACCGUUCGUCGCCGGAGCUGGUGCUUUAGCAUAUGUACGCCAACUAAACGACUUCGGGUUCACUGCCUCCGCCAAUAUAUUCAAGAAUCCCAAGACAUUGAUGGCCAUGCAUCGCGCUGUCCUAGUCGUCACACCAAUCGUGCUGCUCUGUCAAGCAACGGGUGUUGAAUACCGGAAGUUCAUCCCGCGAUGGAGUCAGGAACGCGAGCGUGGGCGAGAUGAGGAAAUGGUGCGGAAGCAAGUUGAUUUUGGUAUGCUUGCUGGUGUUGCGAGCUGGACGUUGCGUAUAUAUGCUCUGCGGCACGGACGGGCUUACUGGGCUCCUAUUGAUGUUGUCAUGGGCGGAGCAUUGACGGAUGUUAUGCAUAGGGAGUAUGUCAGAGCCCAUGAGUUCUAG